AUGUGCAAACGCGAUCAUCCGGGGGUGGACCAGGAGGCGUCUAGGCAAGCGCUCAUCAAGGCCGAAACGAUAAUCAUGGAGGGUCUCCGCAUACCUCUGCAGCCUGUUCCCGUUAUCGACGACAACGGAUACAUAUGCGUCGACCCUCCUGUGGACAUCCGAAGAGAGCUGCUAGACCACAAGGAGAAGUUCGCUGUGAUUGAGCACGACAUACAGGUUCUGACGGCCAAGAUCGAGUAUCUGGCCAUCCGCAAAGGCGUGACGUCGGACGAGCUGGACGCAGGGGCGCGCCAACACCUGGGUGCCGUGGUCGACACGCUGGUGCCGACGGCGACUCCACGCAAGCACGCCAAAGCAGAACCUACCGCGGACGGAAGUGGCCAGAAGGAGGUCGCGCAGACUCCUCCGACGCGUGCACUGGCGGCAGUGCCAUCAAUCUCUCCCUGUCCUGCACCUCACACAUCUGCCGUGAAAGAUAGCCAAGUUACUGCCGGCGACGCGACACCUGCUGUGGUCAGGCAACAACAGCGCGACCAUCUUGCAGUGGCUUUGCGCAGCCGCGCUAAGACUCCCGUGCCCGCAGCUCCAGGUAACCCCGGAAGGGUCGCAAGCAGCGGCCGAACGGGAGUUAUGUGGAACGCAGCGAAGCAGAGGUACUACGUCCGGAUCAUAUCUGCUCGCCGUCAGCAGGUUCGUCUGGGGUCGUACGAGGACAAGGACGAGGCGUCAUACGCGUAUGCUGCGGGAGCCGUUGUACUUUGCCCGAACUCACGCAUCAGCUGCACGGUGGAGCUGUCCGACGGUGACAGGCAGGCUUUAGCCGGCUGCACCGAGGAGAUCCUAAGGCUACUCGUGAAGUACAGGCGCUGGAACAGAUGGAGGGAGUGGAGAGCCGCAAUGGCUGGCCUGGACGAUGCGCAGCCGGUCGAGACCCGUUCGCGGCGAAAGGGCAGAGUGUCCCGGGCCAUUAGUGACGUUGAGGAGGUGGAGGCGACCACGCAGACUACAGAGGACCAGCCUAUGGCUGAAGAGCCAGAGGACCCACCAGAGGACUACACGGAUGACGAUGAGUCCGUUGACGAUGAUGCUGUGUAUGAACCGGGAAACGAUGAUUUCGACGAAGAAGAUGACUGGGAGGAGGUCAACCGUGCAGAGGGUGUUGCCUGA